CUGGGCAGCAUUCAGAGGCCUUUCGUAAGAAGAACAUGAAAUUUCUAGCAGCUGUUCUGUUUGCAUGCGUGGUGACACUUGCGGUGUUGCACAGCGCUUACGGCACGCCGGUGCCGCCGCCAAAUCCGGAAGCACCCGUUGCCAAUCCCGAGGCGCCUGUGCCCAAUCCCGAGGCGCCUGUGCCCAAUCCCGAGGCGCCUGUUGCCGACCCGGCGGCGCCAAUGGCCAAUCCAGGCGUAUCCAAGUCAAACCUCGCUAUAGAUCCCAAGUCACCCAAGUUGGAGGCCAAUGAUGAAGGCUUCAGUCAAAAUGCUGAGGCUAUCGAUCCAUCAAUCCGUGGUCCAGCUUCAGCUAAUGAUUAUGCUCCAGCCCUCGAUGAUGCCUUUUACGCUGAAGCUGUCGGCAAUCCACAAGACGAUGUGCCGAAUCCUGUCGCUCCUGCCAAUGCGAUUCCCGCCUUGGAAGACUUGGCUGCCGAUGCUCCAGCUGACCAAGCCAUAUUAGUCUAGGAAGAAACGCACAGGCAGCUUAAGGUAAAUGCACACGACCACAUCCAAAGCUAAAACACACACACACACACACACCUUCUAUAUAUAUAUU